AUGAAAGAGAAGGUGAUCGUGGACAUGAGGCUCGCCAUCUUCGCCAACAUGCUGCGCGCGUCGCUCUUCUGGCUUGUCGUUCUCUAUCACUACGUGGCCGUCAACAAACCCAAGAAGCAGGAAUGA